UUUUCCAUCAACCAUUCCAAUGGCCGAGCAGUAACUUGGCUACAUCUUCCUUGGUCUAGUGGUGAUGAUUUCCGCUUGUCAUUAAUACCGAUAAGCGCGGGAGACCGGGGUUCGAUUCCCCGAGGGAGAGAUUUCUUUUUGCACUUGUUUUGCCCAUCUUGGUACUAUGUUUUCAGUUUUCUUUUGGCCCACAGUGUCAAAUUCUUCAUGGCCGGCUGGCCCAAUGGCAAGGCGCUUGACUACGACUUCAUGGAAUCAAGAGAUUGCAGGUUCGAUCCCUGCGUCGGUCACUUCUUUUUUGCUUUCUAG